AUGGUCAAGAACCACCAGCACGGAGCGAUUGGCGCUGUCAAGCAUGGCUCCGGAGACCACCUCCGAGACCAGGUAGCCAAGCGCUCGCGGCUCGGCGAUGCAGCGACUGAAGGCUUCGAGCCGGCGCAGCACGAAAGGCUGGCUGCCGUGUGUAUCGGCCCAGAGCGCGCAAAGCACCUCGCGGCGGCGAUUGCGUCGAAUACGUCACUGCGGCGGCUCGAGAUGGAGAGGAAUGGGAUCGGCGUGCAGGGCGGCAUGUCAUUGGGCGACGCGAUUGGCCGGAACCAGACGCUCACCCGCCUAAAUUUGAGCCUGAACGACAUCGCACCGGAGGGCGGCGCCUCGCUCGCCCGCGGGCUGCGCAGCAACACCUCGCUCACGCAGCUGACGCUGGUGCGGUGUGGCCUCGGCCCGGGCGGCGGCAGGGCGCUCGGCGAGGCCCUCGAGACCAACCGCCACUUGCUCAGCCUGGACGUCGAGCAAAACGACUUGGGAGUCGAGGGCGGUGUCGCGUUUGGCAGGGCGCUCGCUGUCAAUACCUCCCUCGCCACGCUGGGCAUGAGCUCCAACCGCAUCGGGUACGGCCUGGAGCGUGCGACGGCGUUCGCCAAGGCACUGGAGGUGAACUCGUCGCUCACCUCCCUCAACAUGGCGCAAAACGAGCUCGGCGCCGUGGGCAACGAGCUCGGCGCGAGCGCUCCCGCCCUCGCCGCGGCGCUGCCCUCGUGCCGCGCGCUGCGGAGGCUGCAGCUCCCGCGCAACGACGUCGACGACGGCGGCGGUGUGGCGCUGUGCGAGGCGUUUGCGGCACACCCGGCGCUGCGCGAGCUUGAUCUCUCCUCCAACAUCAUCACCGCACUGCCCAUCGAGACGCAGGCGUUGGGCGACUACCUCGCCAUGCUGUCGGCCGAGCCGCAGGCGGUCUCUCGGAUCCGGCUCAUGGUGGUUGGCUUCGGCGGCGUCGGGAAGACAACCUUUUGCGGCGCCGCCACGUGCCCGCCCGAGGUGCGGCCAACCUACGCGGCCUCGCUCCUACACUGCUCGCAGUGGGACGCGGCGGCGGUGGCGGCGUGGGCGCGCGGCUUGGGCGCGCAGCGAGGCACCGAAUGGGCGAGCAAGGCGGCCGCCGCUCUCUCGGCGGCGGCGGUGGAUGGCGCCGCCCUCCCCUCCCUGCUUGCCGACCGGGACGGCGCGCUCGCCCCCGCGGCCGAGGGGCUCGGCGCGCUCGGCGCCGACGGCGGCGCAGGGCACGCUGCGGUGCUGCCCUCGGCGAGGCUCGGCGAGCUCUGCCGCACGGCGGGCUUGGGCGAGAGAGAGGUGCGCCGGCUCGCCCUCGCAGUCGGCUCGCUGCUGCGAAAGGGCUACUUCUCGACCGUGGGCGCCGUCAAGGUCGACGGGGCCAUUUCGUUGCCCCGCGCCGCCGUCGCCGCCACCGCCGACGCCGACGCCGCCGCCGCCGCCACCGCCGACGCCGACGCCGACGCCGACGCCGACGCGACCGCCGCCGCGCGCGAGUGUGCGCUCGUUGACUUUGCGGGCCAGAUGGAGUACCUGGUCACGCACCAGCUGCUGCUCGCGUCGAUGCACACGCUAUGCCUCGUCAUCCAGCCGCUCGGCUCCUUUGCGCAGCCGUCGAGCCGCCACCACGGCAGCUGGCGGUACUGGCUCAGCUUCCUGCGCGCCCUCGGCGAGCGGCGGACCGCGUCCGUCAUCCUCGCAGCCUCUCAGUUGGACCGCGUGGAGACGGAGUUGGCCGUGGCGGAGGCGGCGGCGGCGGCCGAGUUUGACGCGCUCAAGGAGGCAGCGGGCGGGGGACUCGGCGCGGGCGCCUUGCGGCUCGACUAUCGCUCAGCCGCGAUCGAUGCGACGCUGCGAGAGCGAGCUACGAGCGGCUGGCCGACGCUCGUCGUGGCGGCGCUGCAGCACGGGUACUCCGCUCCAGAGGCGCAGCUACCAGACGUGAUGUCCCUCGUGUGCAGCCUCGAGCUCUGCGUCGAGCUCUCUCGGCUCGAGAAGGACGCGGCGGGCUGCGGCCGCUUCCUCUUCCCCUGCUUGCUGCCCCUCGUCAGCGCCCCCGAGCUCGCGUGCCACUGGCCGGCGGCAGAAGCAACUGCGACCCCGCUCGCCGCGCUCGUCAUGCGGGGGCACCGCUUCCGAGCCCGCGACCGCUUCCUUCCGCCGGGCGUGUUCCCGAUGCUCGUCGCGCGCCUCGCGCGGCUGCCGGCCGGGAGCGUGAGCGCCACGCGGCUCUGGCGCGACGCGGCGGUGGUCCGCUUCCGCGCGGCAUCCGCGCUGCUGCGCGUCGACCUCGCCGCCGCCACCCUCGACAUCGUCGUGGCCGCGCCGAACGACGCUUAUCACUUUGUGGGCGCCGCCAAGGGGCAGGCGAGCGCUGUGCGAUGGCUCGCCCACCUGGUCCGGCAGAUGCUCGCCAGGGGGUACCCCAGCAUCACUUUCGACGAGGCCUGGCUCUGCCCUACGCCGAGCUGCCACGGCGUGCCGUGCGGCGGUGGCGACGGCGACGAAGGCGCACCCGUAGCUGGCGCGGCGGCAGAUCGCGGCUUCGGCACCUACUGCGGAACGGAGUUUCCUCUCGAGCCGACCGCAGCUAAGCCAGGCCACGCUUGCGAGCACGAGGGCUGCUGGAACUUUCUGGGCACCGGGCACAGGCUGGAGCCGCUGCAGCUGCGGGCGGCGGCUGCGGGCGCCGAGGCACCCGCUUUCUGCGCCUCGUGCGGGCAGCAGCCGUACUUCCCCUUGCGCGCAGGCGGCGGGUUUGGGUGGGCGGCAAAGGAGGACGCCGAGCUGCUGCGCGGGGGCAUGAGCGUCGCGCAGCCGCGCGCGGGCAUCGGGUGCAAGGUGGGCGAACUGCACGAGGACGUCGGACGAGACACAAAGCGGUUGGGAAGCUGAUGUUAGAGAUGUUGCCGUGCGUGGCGCGGUUACGUGCCCCUGGCUAAAUAAAUAAAU